UGCGCGGAUACGGACGAGCAAAGUGUCAGCUCUACCGCUGGCUUUCAGCCGCUCGGCAGUGAAACGGCGGCCUGACGCUACGUGAAGAAAAGCUGAAAGGAGGGCCCGCUUCGGCCACCUCGCCACUGCCAUCUCGUCUUGUUCAUCGGCAAAAGACGUCAAAGUAUUUGCUCCACUCAUCAGCUAGCAAAACCCAAUCAAGUGGGACCGCCUAAGACCCACAAGUCCGCGAGAUCAUGAAACACUAUGGUACAUUUCUAACAUAAUAUGAAGCUCGGGUAUCUAUUUGACACACGGCACUGAGUCGUUCCAAGAGGAAAAGCUAGACUACUUCAGGGGCAGGAGCGGUCGACCACGAGAUUUAUUUGUAGUGAGCGCUUUUGACUUUGAUUGGGCUCUGCUCUCCAUUCACGAGUUGAAUGUAGUGGCGUUAACGGGUCAGAGUGAUUGGAGAGGUCGAACAUGGGCCCUCAAACAUCAGUGUUGGGCGCAGAGCAGCGUCUCCGAAUACAGACCGCGCGCGUGUUCCGUGAGUGUUGUGGCUACUCAUUGUAUUGACGGUGUUCCUCUCGCUGGCUACCCACGGCAUUACGAAGAGUGACAGACAUAGAAAAAUUUAGUGCGUCUUUUCAUCUAAUCGGAUUCUCCAACCACCUCGUUCUAUAAUGCAUUUACCAAUGGCAGAAUUGUUUAGUUAUUGCUGAAUCUGGUUACUGUUUACCUAUCGGAGUCAUUCGGCAUCUGCGCGCAUUACGGAGCAAUUCUUCAUUACAUAGUACCGCAGCGCUCGUCGAUCUACUUGGCACCUCAAUUACAACUGAUACUGACACUUUUGCGUCGUAUGCUGUUAUUUAUUCUUAUUGGCUGUAUAUGCUUGGCGUAGUUGUGACUGAGAGUCCACGGAAUUGAGCGGGGCAAGCGAAUUUCAGAGAAACCCUCAUUUGGCGAUGUAGCGGCAGUACGGACCGGCUGACGCACGCGGUCAUCGAGUUACCAGUAGAUAUCGACCGUACAUAACCGCUGAGGUAGUAACAGUUGAACUGUGGAAACAUCACAGAGAGAACGGUCAAAAACCAAUUCAUCUGUUUGGUAAAAUAUUAAAUUUGUGCUGCAAUAGAGAUGUUUCCGUGUGUUAUAGUGCGAUUUAACAGUGAAACUGGCUUUGCCCUAUUCAGAUACACUAUGCAAUAGUGUUUCUUGUAUGGACGGAGUAUGCCGUGGAUCAUGGGCCACGCAAAUUGUACUUCGGGGUAGUGUCAAUAUAACUAUUUACACAACUGUACGACACAGGACUAUUUGCUGAUUACGCAAUCAUUUGUGAUCGCAGUAGUGUUUAUUACACUUCUCCGAUAUUCCGGCCACGGUGAUUGAAUACGAUAAGCCAUACUCAACGAGACAUUGAAAGAUGCGCUAGCAGUGUCUGGGUAACGCGUGAAGAGGCAUCAGACCUGUGAAAACAAUUACAGACAGACCAACGAUAACAGGGAAGGAACGACAACAAUAAGCCAGCGAAGAAUCCAGCGGAAUAGGAUAGAUCGAUCGCGAACUGGUGCCAUAUCAAACAUAACAAGUCGAUAAGGUAGCGGCUAUUUCUGGUCACCGUUGUCGGCCGAUGUGCGCCUUUUCAGGGCUCAGUGUUACUUCAGCCUACGGCUGACCACCAUAAACCCGUAUACUUGAAUAUAUUAGAUACUACUCAAAGAAAUGGCGUCCGAUGGUUGUCGUUUGUUCCACUAGCCGGUGACAACUUCGAGCCACCCGUAGAUUAUAGAAAUCUAGUGGAGGACGAAGAAGCUAAUUGGUAUAGUGCUAACCGUAGCAGCAGUAGACAACAGUGUAAAAUCACUACCGACUUCAAUCGUCAUAUUCAUAAUAAACACUAAUUUUUAUCAUGUAAUAAUAGUAGUAAUAAUAAUAAUUUUAAGAAAGUUCCUCGCCAAUAAUAACUGCUGCAGCCAUUCAAGUUCAUGAUUCACGAAAUAACAUCCGUUAUAGGCAGGCUAUUCAGUAUUUGUGGUAGCGGCCGUAACGUAGCACGGUUGCGGCGCAAGGCUGGACAGGUGUUUCGGAAAUAAUCUCGUUCCCCAUAGUUUCCGUACCAGCGGCCGCUUUAAAUGGGUGAUCUUAUUUUUUGACAAUGACGUACACGCGAGUGGAUGGCAAAACAUCAGGGGCAGUGGGAAGCCGUUUGCUUGUUUGCCGUUAUUCAGGAGGCAUCCAGGAAUAAUGGAAUACUGCUAGCACUGCUGGCAUGUACCGUAGCGUUAAUUACUCGUUUAGCAUUCUUGUGAGCAUUCAAUCCAGCUAACGAGGCAAUAGAUUAUUGCUGGUUAGCCAAAAGUGGGAGGAUCUGUUGGUAAAAUCUGCUAUAACCGAUACGCUACUGUAGUAUGGACUUGUACCUCGGUUUUGUGCUAGCGUUGACGUUCACUAGCAUCAGGAUGUUAUCAGCUAGCUCAGGAGAAUGCUUGCCUAGAGCGUAUCAGUGACGAAGGAGUUGCCGGCGACAGUUCGACACGAGAGGACAACGUAAAGGUACGACUACGUCUCAGUGCGAUGACGUUUCCAGAGUCGCUUGAUGUUUAGCCGGGAAAAGCACGCUUCGCAUAGCUGUCAUCUAUGCACGAAACGAACAGAGAGUUUGUCGUAAAAAGUAGUGGUUAAUUGUCAAGUGAAGCCGAUUAAAAGAUUGAGAAAUCUUCAGUACUCGUACGUGAAAGAAAUACUUUUUCUUAGUGUCAUUACUUUGCACAUUUGAUUUAUGUGCGUACGUGAAGCUGUACAGAACAACACGUCAAUAGAGAUAUAUAGAGCCAAUUCGAGUUACGGCGGUAGUUAAAAUACUCAAGCGUUCACACUUCCACGAGGAUUGUACCGAAGAAAAGCAAUUUGCGUUCGUGAAUUUGUCAGCUAUAUCCAGUUUGAAGGAUUAUCAGCAGAAAUGUAAACGAAGCGCAUUUGGGAAUAAAACAGGGGAGGACUCGAUGAGACAAUUUUGCAUAGGAUACUGACCCAUCUCAGUUUCGUGAUAUAUGAUGCCGCGUAGAAAUACUGGGCGGGAAGCAAAAAUACGUAUUUGACGAUAACUAGCCACUUGCAUCUGGUGAAGUCAGCCGUUUUUGUAGCACCGUAUGGAUUGAUGCGCGGGACACCUUCUCGAUCUCGGAUCUCUUCAGCUGAUGGCUACGUUCAUCUUGAUCAUUCUUUUGUGAAUCUUUCGCAUAAUCUACCAGAGUUCAGGACCCCGUGAAAUCUCAUUCUGGCUAACGUUCCAAUAACAACAGCAGAUUCUGACUGUUCAUACGAAGACCCCACGGCAACAAUGAAGUUAACAGUGUUUGAAUUCGAUAAAGAACUACUCAAUCCGAUUCUGGAAAAGAAGGCUGCGAGUAAUGAAAACUUCGAACAAACUAAAGGCAUGUCCGUACGGAGUUCGAGCGCAAAUCGCCUGAGUAGCUUAUAUGAUUCGAACGGGACUGUCCCUCCGAGCGGGGUGACCCUCGGAGGAUCCUCGCUACAUCGAUCAAAAUCGUUCGCUUCGUCACUCUCUCUUCGAAGCAACUACGAUGAAGGCGGCGGCAGUGGCGGCACACUCGGCCGAUAUCACAAUAAACUUAUACCCCAUCCAGAGCGAACGUGUGAAUUGUUCGAAGCUGUGCUCGAUGGACUUGCGGACUGCAUGGAUGUUACUAGCGAAGAUAUUCGCACAGCGGAGAUGUCAUCUAGGGGAAAUUCCCCCAAAAUUGCUUUUGUUGCCUCGCAAUAUGUUCAGCGACUGGAGGCCCAAUAUGAUGAGGUCGAACGAUUGCGCAAUCGCUACCUUGUUCAGAAGCAGCUGCGGGAUGGGGCUAGUGAAAUGGGUCGCGCAUUCGUCACCUCGUCGCUAGGCAGAACACGAGAAAAGGCGUUGAAAGGUAUCCGAAACACGUACAGGGAGUGUGAAAUGACAAUGAAGAUGAUCGAAUCACAGCUGGAGACCAAAUGUCUGGGCAGCCUACAUCUACAGAUUAAUGCUAUGCAAGGCUUUGCUAGAGUUUGUCCAGGGGACCAAUUCCUCAUUACUAUUCGACAUGGAGAAAAAAAAUGGAAGACGCGUGGAAAGAUUGGAAAGAGUGGAGCUCAAACCUGGGAUAAUCGUGAAGCGCAGUUUCGGUUAAGUUCAUGGUAUCAUCUCCGGAUUAAGGCAGUCGAACUAAAAGGUUUAGGCCGAAGUGUGCAACUGGGUGAGCGCAUCUGCGAGGUCCCGAAACUGAUGCGUGCUCAAGCGCAAACGAUGAACGUCAAAUUUGGUACGAGUGGAAGUCUGCAGCUAGAGCUUGUUGUCGUUUGGAACCCUCUGCAUGGAACAGAAGAGUUAAGCGAUACUAUCUCGAAGCGAAGCAGACCCGUAUCCGCCUACCUUAUCAACCAAAGUGGACUGCCGCCCACUCCACCGUCGAGUGGGUAUGCUAGCAAGUCUCCUGUCGCCUCCAGAGCAGGCACUGACGCUUCAUCGGCUAGCGGGUCCCUUCGGGGCGUCGAAGAUGCCCUCGAGGCGUUUUCUUUCCUUGACGAACAGGACGAUAUGGACUCAGGCGUCGGACAUUCACGAAACGUGUCGCCAAUGCCACCACCCUUUCCGCCGCCCCCCUCUGCAGCGGCUUUACAACAGCUUUCGCAACAAUGUCGGCGACCAGCGUCGAACGAGGCUGUUGAUUUAUUACGAGGCCACACUCAGGCAUUCAACCGUCCUCAUCGCGUCCCACCAUCGACGACAUCUCAUCCAAGAGCUAGUCCCUCAGGCUCUAGAGAAUACCAGCUACCACAAUCAUAUCCUCAGUCUCCAAAUGUGGUACCCAUGUAUCAGCCUCAAUAUCAGAAAGAAUUAGAGCAGUCACUGGAACAACGGCGGCAGCAACUGCGCGACUAUCGGCCACGGCAAACAGGGUCAAUGCAACAACAGCAACUGCAGUCGGGGUCACCAACUAUAGGAGUUGGCGUCAAUCGAUUCGGUACUAAUCUCUGUAAAGCCACAGCUCCGAAUCAGGAAUCCAGCCUACCGCAGCACCGUCGUCCUAUAUCGCCGUUCCAGCAGCGGUCCAACGAAGCGCCGCCGUUCCGAACAGACACGCACAUUGUUAACGGAUAUGACUCCACUAUUUCGUACCGCCUUUGAAUCUUGACCCGAAAAACCUUUCUACAAAAAACAGGAUCCGUGUAACGCAUACAUAGGAUUGAAUAUAAUCAUAGAAACAAUAAUAAUGAUAAUUGUAGAUUCACUGUAUGAAUAAGAGAUCAUACAUAGUGAAAAAGAAAUGCAAGAUAAUUGUGUACGAUGAUGAAGGUGGCGACCUUGCGCAUAGGGUAGGAAUUUUGUGGAGUAUUCAUAGAGUUCUAUUAGAUUCACAAGCGUAAUGAAACUGAAUAGAGCCUUAUUUUAAAAAGACCCCGUUUACUUAUUGCUAGUUAACAUGCGGUAGCUAUCGCCGCAUAUGAGCUAAUGGUAACAGUAGCAUUGUACUUUCGUACAUUGUAAUGUUGCCAUGGUAAAAUUCGGACGGGAACAAUUGUUUCUUCUAGAUAUUGCGCCUUGUGGAUAAGUGUGUAAUGAUAUGAUAAUGAUUAAUGAAUAUCUGAAAAUCAAGAAUAGCCAACAUAUCUGUGAAUACUGUUAUAUGCUAUAUUUAUCUCGGACCAAAUUUUCUGCUUUCUUGCGUGUCCGCUGACGUGCCUGAUAAAUCGAAUCGUGGCGAAUCGUGAUCGUAAUUGGUAAGCCUUCUUUUUUGGAAUAUUAUACUAGGACGCAUAUGUCAAACUGACUUCUGCUUUUUGCCUAAUACAAUAACGUUGAACAGCGGUACUUUGAGACCAUUGGCAAUAUGACAUAUUCUGGUUGAACUAAUAAUUCAUCUAUUUUCAUUGUUAUAUAUGGUUAUACAUAGUCGGAACCAAAAAUAGGAAAUGUGUAUCUCUCAACCGCAAUUUGAACAUUCUCUGUUUGGCAAUAUUUUUAUGCGGAAUUGCGUUUCCUAGUGUACGAUAGGUUCGAUAUUGCGAUCACAUGUACAAAUGAUAAAUGAAGCAUAGUGUCAUUAAGAGGAGGCAAUUUUUUGUCUAUCACUUCCUACUAGAUGCGUAAAUAUUGGCGAAAAAAUAGCUUUGUUCCUUUAUCCAGCUAUAUAAUUAUGUUGUCUUCGUAUAGCGGUAUGGCAAAACUGUAAGCUAUUCAUAAAUCUAACUCGAUGGUGAAUCGUUGCCAAAGAUGACUGUCUUCAAACGUUGUAUUGCACUUCUAAUUCGAUUUGACAACGAAUUCGAUUUUGGACUGCACCCAACGUAAUUACUGAGGGGCAUCUACAUGGCCGAACCCAAUUUUGUAACACUACUACUGAAAGCAGAGCCCGGUCCGUAGAGAGGAAUACAAAAGAGACUUCUAGUCGACGCGUUUUGCGGACAAGUGGCCAUGCAAAAAAGUCCAUAGGCGGUAGUAAAAACCACGUAAAUGGGCAGAAUACGUACUGGACUGUAUGAAAGCAUAAAUAAACCUGUACAGGCUUGUAUAAGAA